GCCGGAUCGCUGCAGCUGGUUUCAGAGUCAGGCGAGGGAACAAGAUGUGAACUGUUGCGCUUCUGCAGAAGACGGCCCUUCCUCCCCUUCCCGCGAAGGCAAAUGUUCUGAAAAAAACAAAAAAACAAAAAACAAAAAAAACUCUGCAUGGGAAUGGCUUGCCUUACAAUGACAGAAAUGGAAGGAACAUCCGAAUCUCCUAUACAUCAGAAUGGUGAUAUUCCUGGAAAUGCUAAUUCUGUGAAGCAAAUAGACCCACUCCUACAGGUGUAUCUUUAUCAUUCUCUUGAGAAAGCUGAAGAAGAAUAUCUGAAGUUUCCAACUGGGGAGUAUGUUGCAGAAGAAAUUUGUGUUGCUGCUUCUAAAGCUUGUGGAAUCACACCUGUGUAUCAUAGUAUGUUUGCUUUAAUGAGUGAAACAGAAAGGAUCUGGUAUCCACCCAACCACGUCUUCCAUAUUGAUGAAUCAACCAAGCACAAUGUACUCUACAGAAUAAGAUUUUACUUCCCUUACUGGUAUUGUAACGGCAGCAACAGAACCUAUCGGCACGGAAUAUCUCGAGGUGCUGAAGCUCCUCUUCUUGACGACUUUGUCAUGGCUUAUCUUUUUGCUCAGUGGCGGCAUGAUUUUUUACAUGGAUGGAUAAAAAUACCCGUGACUCAUGAAACACAGGAAGAAUGUCUUGGAAUGGCUGUGCUAGAUAUGAUGAGACUAGCCAAAGAAAAGGAUCAAACCCCACUGGAUAUCUAUAGCUCUAUCAGCUACAAGACAUUCUUACCCAAAUGUGUUCGAGCAAAGAUUCAAGACUAUCAUAUUUUGACAAGGAAACGAAUAAGGUACAGAUUUCGCAGAUUUAUUGAGCAGUUCAGCCAUUGCAAAGCCACUGCCAGAAACUUGAAACUUAAGUACCUUAUAAAUCUGGAAACUCUUCAGUCUGCCUUCUACACAGAGCAAUUUGAAGUAAAAGAACCUGGAAGAGGUCCUUCAGGUGAGGAGAUUUUUGCAACCAUUAUAAUAACUGGAAACGGUGGAAUUCAGUGGUCAAGAGGGAAACGUAAAGAAAGUGAGACACUGACAGAACAGGAUUUACAGUUAUAUUGUGACUUUCCUGAUAUUAUUGAUGUUACUAUUAAGCAAGCAAGCCAAGAAGGCUCAAAUGAAAGUAGAAUUGUAACUAUCCAUAAGCAAGAUGGUAAAAAUCUGGAAAUUGAACUUAGCUCAUUAAGAGAAGCUUUGUCCUUUGUGUCAUUAAUUGAUGGCUAUUAUAGAUUAACUGCAGAUGCACAUCAUUACCUCUGUAAAGAAGUAGCACCUCCAAUGGUCCUUGAAAAUAUACAAAGCAACUGUCAUGGCCCAAUUUUAAUGGAUUUUGCUAUCAGUAAACUGAAGAAAGCAGGUAAUCAGACUGGACUCUAUGUACUUCGAUGCAGCCCUAAGGACUUUAAUAAAUAUUUCCUGACUUUUGCCAUUGAGCGAGAAAAUGUCAUCGAAUAUAAGCACUGUUUGAUUACAAAAAAUGAAAAUGGAGAAUACAACCUCAGUGGGACCAAGAAGAGCUUCCGUAAUCUUAAAGAUCUUUUGAACUGCUACCACAUGGAGACUGUUCGCUCAGACAGCAUAAUUUUCCAGUUUACCAAAUGCUGUCCCCCAAAAUUGAAAGAUAAGUCAAACCUUCUAGUCUUCAGAACCAAUGGCGUUUCUGAUGUACCAACAUCACCAACAUUACAGAGGCAUAAUAAUGUGAACCAAAUGGUGUUCCACAAAAUCAGAAAUGAAGAUUUGAUGUUUAACGAAAGUCUUGGCCAAGGCACUUUUACAAAAAUUUUUAAAGGUGUGAGAAGAGAAGUAGGAGACUAUGGUCAACUGCAUGAAACAGAAGUUCUUUUAAAAGUUCUUGAUAAAGCACACAGAAAUUAUUCAGAGUCUUUCUUUGAAGCAGCCAGCAUGAUGAGCCAGCUUUCUCAUAAGCAUCUGGUUUUAAAUUAUGGAGUAUGUGUCUGUGGAGAGGAGAAUAUUCUGGUUCAGGAAUUUGUAAAAUUUGGAUCAUUAGAUACAUAUCUGAAAAAGAAUAAGAAUUCUAUAAAUAUAUUUUGGAAACUUGAAGUGGCUAAACAGUUGGCAUGGGCAAUGCAUUUUCUAGAAGAGAAAGCACUUAUUCAUGGAAAUGUGUGUGCCAAAAAUAUUCUGCUUAUCAGAGAAGAAGACAGGAAGACAGGAAAUCCUCCUUUCAUCAAACUUAGUGAUCCUGGCAUUAGUAUUACAGUUUUGCCAAAGGACAUUCUUCAGGAGAGAAUACCAUGGGUACCACCUGAAUGCAUUGAAAAUCCUAAAAAUCUAAAUUUGGCGACAGACAAAUGGAGUUUUGGUACCACUUUGUGGGAAAUCUGCAGUGGAGGAGAUAAGCCUCUGAGUGCUUUGGAUUCUCAGAGAAAGCUACAGUUUUAUGAAGAUAGACACCAACUUCCUGCACCAAAGUGGACAGAAUUAGCAAAUCUUAUUAAUAAUUGUAUGGAUUAUGAACCAGAUUUUAGACCUUCUUUCAGAGCCAUCAUACGAGAUCUUAAUAGUUUGUUUACUCCAGAUUAUGAACUAUUAACAGAAAAUGACAUGUUACCAAAUAUGAGAAUUGGUGCCCUAGGGUUUCCUGGUGCUUUUGAAGACCAAGACCGUACACAGUUUGAAGAGAGACACUUGAAAUUUCUACAGCAACUUGGCAAGGGUAAUUUUGGCAGUGUGGAGAUGUGCCGAUAUGACCCUCUACAAGACAACACUGGGGAGGUGGUAGCUGUGAAGAAGCUCCAGCACAGUACUGAAGAGCACCUGAGAGACUUUGAGAGGGAAAUUGAAAUCCUUAAAUCCCUGCAGCAUGACAACAUUGUAAAGUACAAGGGAGUGUGCUACAGUGCUGGCCGGCGUAAUCUAAGAUUAAUUAUGGAAUAUUUACCAUAUGGAAGUUUACGAGACUACCUCCAAAAACAUAAAGAACGAAUAGAUCAUAAAAAACUUCUGCAGUAUACAUCUCAGAUAUGCAAGGGCAUGGAGUAUCUUGGUACAAAAAGGUAUAUACACAGGGAUCUGGCAACAAGGAAUAUAUUGGUGGAGAAUGAAAACAGGGUUAAAAUUGGAGAUUUUGGGUUAACCAAAGUCUUGCCACAAGACAAAGAAUACUACAAAGUGAAAGAACCUGGUGAAAGUCCCAUAUUCUGGUAUGCUCCAGAAUCAUUGACAGAGAGCAAGUUUUCUGUGGCUUCAGAUGUCUGGAGCUUUGGAGUGGUUCUAUAUGAACUUUUCACAUAUAUUGAGAAGAGUAAAAGUCCACCAGCGGAAUUUAUGCGUAUGAUUGGCAACGACAAGCAAGGACAGAUGAUUGUGUUUCAUUUGAUAGAACUCCUAAAGAAUAAUGGAAGAUUACCAAGACCAGAUGGAUGCCCAGAUGAGAUUUAUUUGAUCAUGACAGAAUGCUGGAAUAAUAAUGUGAAUCAGCGGCCCUCUUUCAGAGACCUAGCUCUUCGAGUGGAUCAGAUAAGGGACAACAUGGCUGGAUGAAGGACACGAACUUCACUCUGAGACCAAAAUAGACUUACAGAACAGUUUCAUAUUUCACAUGACUGUGGACUAUUAUUACAUACACCAUUGUUCCGUGUAUCAUGACGCUAGCUAGCAAAGAUGUGGAAGUAUCUGUCCAAAACUUUGAAAGUUUAGUGAGUUUUUCUUCAUGAGGACAUCAGUAAAAGAUAAAUUGAUGAAAAGUCCUUAACAAAGAAUUUUG